CACAGGUAGAUACUAAGGAUGGGAGGUGUAGGGAUGCUCUAUAGUAAACCGCAUAGGGAUGUACAAAACUGUCUCUACAAGUAAAAUCAGCAUUGUGAUGUAGUAAUCAGGGAGGAUAUGUACCCGCUAGGCCUCCGUCAAUGUACAACGUAACGCUCGCUGUGGAAGUCAUUGGUGUGGAGUAUUGUUUUCUAACUUUGGCGGCUGCCGACGAGAAUAUUGUUUUACCAAUUAAUUAUAUGUGGCGGCACUGAGAGUCCAUGUGUAGUUAUUCUGCUAAAGCAUCACACAGGCCAGUUACCUACUAGCAUGUCAGGAGAGUCGCGAUCGACAGCCGCCAUAUGACGGUCAACAAGAGGAUGGGCGAUACUGCGGUAUGAUAAACAGAACCGAAAGUGUUCAAAACGAUGAGGAAAACAUGCUUGGAAUUAACACGACUGGUUUGGUGUUUCUGGGAAUUUUCAGCGUCUUGUUUCUAAUGACAUGUAUUCUAUCAGCCGUCAAAGCUGUCAAAGACAGGAAAAAAAUAAAAUCCAGGAUAGAAGCCAAGCGACGACUGCGUUUGGAACAAUCCGCUUACGAAAAUCCAGAAAAUGGAGCUAUUCAAAAAGGCCUCGAGGGGGAGGUUACUUCAGAUAAGCGUGAGAAAGACUUAGACGCAACUGCGGUGUCCUCGGACGCCAACAACCACACUCAGGUGUUCCGAACAGUAUCGGCCGACGAUGUUAUUAUUGAUGAACAAAAGAAGUAUUUAAAUAAUGUGGAGAACAGUUGUGUUUCUAAUUCGAAUCUGUCAAGUUCAGUACCGGACUUACAACGAAAGAUAUCGCCCGAAUGUCUGGCAGUCAAAAAACAAAUUCGAAGAACUUCCUAUGCAAUCGCAAUAGACAGCCACUCCUGGCUACCGAAGGAUCAGCCACGGUAUGCUAAGACAGCAGCUAUAAUAAAAACAUAUAACCUUCAACCAGGAACAACGAAAUCGUAUGAAAACAGAGCAUUCGAUCCGAACGAUACACAAUGAAACGUGACUUUUUUCUGUUCUUACACAUUUUAAUUGUACACAACACACGAAAAGCUUUUUACAAGUGUAUGUAUUACCAGAGAAAUUGACAUGUUAAAAGACAGAUCAACUGUACAGUGAUAUAUAUGAUAGUAUUUCUGAUGGCAGAUUAUGAAUUGGCCGUCUUUUUAUUCCAUUAUCAGCAUUGAAUCUUUAUAGAACUGUACAUCAAAUGACUCGUCAUGUCUUUGUUGAAAUCCUUAAAAUUAUUUAAAUAUAUGUGAAUGUAAACCAUUUUAUAUAAACCUAUUCUUUGACAACGUCA